GGUCACUAAAUCAAACGCACUGCGUUACAGAUAUUGCCCAGGCGCAGUAAAUCGAGUAGGCCUUUAUUUGUAAACAUGGAGCUCGUCCGCAUGCUGGAGAGUUAUCGAGGGAGGGACAAAAUUAUUCGUUUGUGUACCUAUGCCGCCAUGUGCGUGGGAGGCAGUGGGCAGGGGAAUUUCCACAAGAAAUUACUGACCAUUUCCGCGGAAUUAGGUGGUGCUAGAACCACCAUGCGAUUAUUUGACGACCUUUCUAUGUUGUUUUCUAACUUGAAGUACGGGACAGGUGCGCAGGAAAAGAACCCCUUGGUUCGACUGAUGAGUCUGGUCACAAACAUAACGUACCAAAUCUUCUUUCCUGUGGAGCACAUCUAUUGGCUGGCUGAUAAAAAAGUACUCACUUCCUUCACACCAUGGAAAUGGGUUGUCGGCAGUAUCGUGGCCUGGGCAGUAGCUCUGUUUGCAGACAUGAUCAAAAUGGUUGCAAAAAUAGUGUCUUUAAAGAAGGAACUCAGAGAACUUAGGAAACAAACAUUGUUACAGUCCUCGGAAGAAAGUGAAGAUCAGGUGAGAUCAGAAAGAAAGACAACUGUGGUUAGGGAGAUUCAGGAGAGUUAUCUAACCUUGAUCCAAGACAUGGCUGACUUCACAAAUGCCAUCAGCUGGCUACCUCCAGGGCUAGUCCUGUGGUCAGGAAAAUUGUCACGCUUCCAGAAUGGAAUAUUUGGAAUGAUUUCUUCUAUCAUUCUGCUUUACAAAGCUUGGCCAAGUAAGCAAAAAAGUUCCUAGUCAAUUGUUCAUGUAAAUUGCCUUGUUGAAUUAUAAACAGUUUGUUUGGUGCUGAAAAUCCAUUUUAAGUUGUAUUUUAUGUACAUAUUAAUUUGUAAUUUAUUGUAUUCAAGUUAAAGAUAAUGUCCAUAGCAUGCAUAAAUUUAUAUGAUUUUGGAAUUCACCUAAGUGGAAGUUUGAAGUCUGAGCUCCUAAUCAAAGUUGUCAUUAAUGUCGUAUUAAAAUUUUUACUGUUUCAUUUUUUUCCUAAAGAAUUACAUGUACUAGAUUAAUUGCAACACAACUUGACAUGGAUUAUUUAUGUAAAUGGAAUUUAAGUAUGUUAAAAUGAAUGGUCAUGCCUCUUCUCAAGAACAAUAGGAACAGUAAAGGAAAAAACUUAGCUGAAUGCUUCCUGACAUGGUGUAGGUUCUGGGUGUAUUCAUAUUAGUGUGUUUUGCUAUGUAAGACAGAGAGUAUGUAUAUCAUUCAUAUUUGGAGAGGGAGGGGGACUCUUACUACUAGUAUUUCUUUCAGCCAUGUUCACUUUAUUAAAUAAGAAUUUUUAUUUGCAUAUUUAUGUUAAAACUUGAAAACAAAUAUGUCUUAAAUUAUAUUGUAAACCAUUACAGUUAUCAAGCAUUGAUGCUUCUGAUCUAAUCUAGAUACAAAUUUAAAAACAAAUUAGCCUUCUCAUUAACCAUAA